AGCGUAUUUGAGGAGUAAUGAAAAGCAGCUGGGUACUAGAUGACAUAUCAUGUCUGACUAAAAAGAUUGGAGUUGUAGCCUCGAUGUUACUACAACCAGUGAACCCACAUUAAUUACCUCCACCUCCUGCAUGAACCACUACAUGAUACAACAAAAUGGGGAAGAGUAAGCAACACAGUCACCGUUCAAAUCAGAACAAGGUGAAGAAGGCGCAUAACCGCAAGAAAAACGCCGGACCGAAUCAACCUACUGCUCAGAUUCUAGCAACCACCACCGGAAAAGCUGCGAAAAAAGCAGCACUUGCAGCAUCUGGUUCAACUACAGCGGGAAAUACGAACAAGUCAAAAGGAACAAACAAGGUCGUCACUCCACCAAAGUUGGUAGCCUUUGUCGCGCUCCAUGACUCAGCAAAUCCGUAUCUCCUAAAAUCUCAAUGCCUAGAGAAAUUGGGACAUGCGACACCGACAGAAUAUCUGCCUUACACUCCUGUGACUGUAAAUUUACCACCAUGGGCACAACCGAGUGGGAAAGGUAUAAUCUUAAGGAAUGUCAAAAUCCUGAAUUUUAUCGCGAACUCCAAUAAUGCCAAAAAUACACUCUGCGCACUCGUCCACCUCCACUCCACUUCCUCCGCCACCGGCACUCCUCAUUUCGCCCUAACUUCUAAAAGGUACCCAGAGUAACCGCCUUACGCUCUUGGAUGUGGCAAGCCGAGAC